GUGUGAUGACUGGAUGGGGGUUGGAAUCAGUGGAUUAUGCAGGGAGACUAUUUUCUCUUUUCUCUUUUUGAACGAGGCUUCAAUCUCCUGCAUAUUCUGAACAGGCCUUGACAGUUGUUGUUUUUUUCUUCACGUUUGAUGCAAAAUGUUUGAUGCAACAUUUAAAAUAGGCAGCACAAUCCAGAUCUAGACUUUGGUGAUUUGACAAUCUGACACGAGCUGGAUUUCUGGAGUCUUCCUUAUCAUAGACAGAAGCCAGACUCUGGGUCCGUUCUGACUCAUUUUGCAUUCAGCAAAUCCAAGAACCGCCUUCCUCCCUCCCUCCCGCUCCGCGCUGGCUCCCUCUCGCACGCAGCCUGUCCUGUAGGAUGGGACCAGCAGCCAGAUAUCCAUGCAUGCCUGACCGCUAGUUCACUUCCUGGAUGGAAGAAUGGGACAUUUCCAGCACCACUUUUCUUCGCAUUGUGCAUUGCCCUUUGUCACGCUGACGCCGCGGAUAAUCACUUAAUAAUGAUCACGUGUAAUCGAUAUUAUUCGACCACUUUUUCCUGUAGUUAAAGACAGCGAUCGAUCGCCGAUUGACCCCUCCACACUACGGGAAUGUCGCUAUCUGGAAGCCCGCUACAGGCACGGUGGAGUCCAACACAUUUUGAACAGUUUUUGCACGGCCGUAGUGUGCGUUUCGUUUUAUUCCUCGAAGCUAAAAACAGCCUCUGCUCGGACUGGAGGCGAAUAAAUUUGUCUUUUUAAAAAAGCAGUGACUCUGCAGACGAGCCGCUAACCAUUACUUUGAUGCUCUGCCUUCGUGGCUGCUGUGCCAACUUCGUUUCUGCUUCGGUCGUGUCUAUGUGAAUUUUUUUUUUUUUUUUUUAAAGAAGAGAAAAGACUCAAAAACUUUGUCACCCGUUGCCUUCUUGUUGCUCUCGAUGAGGAGUCUAACAUGCGGAGAAUACGGGAACCGAGUUACUGGUGGAUUUUAUCCUUAAUGUUUUUAACCUUGCCCAAACACAAAGACUGUCAUCCUGUUGAAUCGGGUGGCCAACCUCACCAUGCUGGAGACGGGCACCGUGGGAGCACAGGCGUAAUGAGGGAGAGGAGGGCAGCUGGUGACCCCUACUGGUCCUAUUCAGGAAGCCAUGGACCUCGAGGCUGGGCAGCCUCUUACCCAGAAUGUGCUGCGAAGAACCAAUCACCUGUGGACAUUGCAGAUGAACAAGCUCUGGUUUCGGAGGAGUACCAGGAGCUGGUGCUUGACAAGUUCAACGCGGAGUCCUCCAACCAGACCACCAUGAAAAACACUGGAAAGACAGUUGCUGUUCUCCUGAAGGAUGACUACUUUGUGAGAGGUGCUGGACUGCCGGGGCGUUUUAAGGUUGAGAAGAUGGAGUUUCACUGGGGCCAUGGUAAUGGAUCAGUAGGCUCAGAACACAGCAUAAAUGGCCGAAGGUUUCCUGUAGAGAUGCAGAUUUACCUUUACAAUUCAGAUGACUUUGACAGCCUGAGCGCUGCCAUCAAGGAAAGACGCAUCAUCGUGGCCAUGGCCGUCUUCUUUGAGCUGGGGCAAAAAGACAAUCCAGCUGUGGACCCCAUCAUCCAGGGUUUGAAAAGAGUGGUGCAUCAUGAAAAGGAAACCAACCUCAGGUCGUUCAUCCUGAGGGAUCUGCUGCCAUCGUCCGUGGACAAUUACUACCGAUACACCGGAUCUCUGACCACGCCGCCCUGCAUCAAGGUGGUGGAGUGGAUCAUCUUCUCCAGGCCUGUGUAUCUGUCCCACUCACAGCUGGAGGUCUUUUACGCCAUCUUUACAACGGAGCAACAGGACCACGUCAAGUCUGUCGAGUACAUGAGAAACAACUUCCGGCCCCUGCAGGAUCUGGACAAUAGGAAAGUCUUCAAGUCGGCUGUAAAAGACGCAUGGCAGAAAGAUAUAACUGAGGUCCUGGGAAACCCUCACAGCACUGAGGCUUGGAGAAUGUGCAGCAGUGCCCCAGUGAGCAUGAAGAUCCAGCCUCUGAACCAGACUGCUUUGAUGGUGACGUGGGUGCGCCCUCUGACCGUCUACCACCCACCCAUCACCAGUUACAUGGUCUCCUACAGCUGGGUGAAACGGGAUGUUGCUGACGAAAAGACCUUCACCAAGACUGGGGACCAGAGCAUGAAAGCCGUCAUCACUAAUGUGUCCCCUGACGUCCUGUACCUGUUCAGAGUGCAGGCGGUGUGUCAGCAUGACCUGCGCAGCGAUUUCAGUCAAACGCUGCUGUUCAGAGCUAAUACCACAAGAAUAUUUGAAGGGUCUCGUAUUGUGAAGACGGGCAUGCCCACAAUUUCUCCAGCGUCGUCGGCUGACAUGGCUCCCAUCAGCUCCGGUUCCUCCACUUGGACGUCCUCUGGCAUCCACUUCUCCAUUGUCUCCAUGGCAACGGGGAUGGGCCCCUCGUCUAGUGGCAGCCAGGCCACGGUGGCGUCGGUGGUGACGAGCACCUUGCUGGCAGGCCUGGGCGUAGGCGGAGGGGUCAUCUCUUCUCUGCCCAGCUCUGUUUGGCCCACACAAGCGCCCCAAGCCACGCAGAAUCCCACCCGUCCAUCCGUCUCACCUGCAAAGUCCAGCACCGAGCAGGCGGCGCCCCAGGGCUCCGACGCAGACACCCAGUCUGAGGAGAAACAGGCUGCAAGUGAGGGUGAGGAGGAGGAGAAGGAGGGGGAGAGAGAAGGAGAGCAGGAGGAGGGAGAGGAUGACAAGAAGAAAAAGAACAAGAAUCCACCUGAUAAUGAGGAAAAGCAAGCGAACAGCACUGUGGCCAAAGAGCCUUUAAUCCCCACCCCCGCAUCCACAGCCAAAGAGAAAGGAGAAGGGCAACCUACAGCCAAAGGCACCACAGUACCCACAGUACCCACAGUACCCACAGUACCCACGAGCACCGGUGGCGAUGAGUUGGUCAACGUAGAGAAGAAUCCCACGGAUGUAAAUGAAGUCUCCACUCAGGAGCCUCGUAAUGACACCGCGGAGAUGCAGAUUCCACAGAGCUCCACACUGACUCCAAAAAUCAGUGAUGGCAAGAGUCUCUGGCCUUUCUCCGUCCACACUGACACGACUAUCUUGUCCAAUGUGACCCGAACCCCUCACCCGGGGAUGGGCAGGAUGGUGUGGAUCGUCCCCUUGGUGGUGGUGUCUGCUCUCACUCUGCUCUGCCUCAUCAUGCUGCUGAUUGUGAUGAUCUACUGGAGAAUGACAAGCAUCUGCUCUCUCCUCUGCAUCAAGUACAGGAGGUUUUUCCAGACAGCUCACUUCUAUGUGGAGGAGAGCAGCUCUCCACGGGUGGUGGCCAAUGAGAAUAUACCAAUCAUCCCGAUACCAGACGACAUGGAGGCCAUCCCCGUUAAGCUGUUUAUCAAACACAUCAUGGAGCUCUACAAGAACAACCUCCAAGGUUUUUCUGAGGAGUUUGAGGAGGUCCAGCGCUCCACAGCAGACCUGAAAAUCACUUCAGAACACUCCAAUCAUCCCGACAACAAGCACAAAAACAGAUACAUCAACAUUGUGGCCUAUGACCACAACAGGGUGAAAUUACGAGCUCUGGCGGGGAAAGAUGCCAAACAUUCGGAUUACAUCAAUGCCAACUACGUGGAUGGCUACAACCGGCCCAGAGCUUAUAUAGCAGCUCAGGGUCCUCUCAAGUCCACAUUCGAGGACUUUUGGAGGAUGGUUUGGGAGCAGAACACGGGAAUCAUCAUCAUGAUCACCAACCUGGUGGAGAAAGGGAGAAGGAAAUGUGACCAGUACUGGCCGACAGAGAACAGCGAGCAGUAUGGAAACAUUGUGGUGACGCUGAAAGGCACUAAAGUGCACGCCUGCUACACACUGCGGCGUUUCCUUAUAAGGAACACUAAAGUUAAAAAGGGUCAGAAGGGGAACCCAAAAGGGAAGCUAAAUGAGCGCAUCGUGGUGCAGUAUCACUACACUCAGUGGCCUGACAUGGGAGUACCAGAGUACACCCUCCCUGUCCUCACCUUCAUCAACCGCUCAUCAGCGGCUCGCGCUGCAGACAUGGGCCCUGUCCUGGUGCACUGCAGUGCUGGGGUCGGGCGCACGGGAACAUACAUCGUCAUUGACAGCAUGCUACAGCAGAUCAAGGACAAAAGCACAGUCAGCGUCCUGGAUUUUCUCAAACAUAUCCGCACACAACGCAACUACCUAGUUCAGACUGAGGAGCAGUAUGUUUUCAUCCACGACGCUCUGAUGGAGGCCAUCAUGAGCAGAGAGACAGAGGUGCCUGCCUGGCAGCUGCACAGUUAUGUCAACAGCAUCCUCACGCCCAACUCGACAGGCCGCACGCUGCUGGAGAAGCAGUUCAGGCUGUUGACUCAGUGCAACGCGCGCUUUGUGGAGUGCUUUAGUGCCCACAAAGACUGCAACAAGGAGAAGAACCGCAAUUCCUCAGUGGUUCCUUCGGAGCGAGCAAGGGUCGGACUCACCACUCUGCCUGGAAUGAAAGGAACAGAUUACAUUAAUGCGUCCUACGUAAUGGGUUACUUCAGGAGUAAUGAGUUCAUCGUUACCCAGCAUCCUUUGCCCCACACCACCACAGACUUCUGGAGGAUGAUAUGGGACCAUAACGCUCAAAUUAUUGUCAUGUUGCCUGACAACCAGGGCCUGGCUGAGGAUGAAUUUGUUUAUUGGCCGAGUCGGGAGGAGGCCAUGAACUGCAUCUCCUUCACUGUCACACUCAUCAGUAAGGACAGACUGUGCCUCUCCAAUGAGGAGCAGAUCAUCAUCCACGACUUCAUCCUGGAGGCCACACAGGACGACUACGUUCUGGAGGUGAGACAUUUUCAGUGCCCUAAAUGGCCCAACCCCGACGCUCCUCUCAGCAGCACCUUCGAGCUCAUCAGCGUCAUCAAGGAGGAGGCCAUGUCUCGGGAUGGCCCCACCAUCGUGCACGAUGAGUAUGGAGCCGUGUCAGCGGGCAUGCUCUGCGCCCUCACCACACUGUCCCAGCAGCUGGAGAACGAGGGGGUCGUCGACAUCUAUCAGGUGGCUAAGAUGAUCAACCUCAUGAGGCCGGGAGUCUUCACUGAUAUAGAGCAGUACCAGUACCUUUACAAAGCCAUGCUCAGCCUGGUGGGUAACAGAGAGGGUGGCCUGAGCCCCAUGCACAUGGACACUAAUGGGGUGGUGGUGAUUGCAGACGAGUCGGACCCCGCAGAGAGCAUGGAGUCGCUCGUCUGAGGCAUUCUCACAGGCACUUAAUUUGUAAAAACUUUUCUGAGGCCUUUUUUGCCAGACUAUUGAUUAAAUGAAUAACCUUAUUACUUUUUAUACUGAUAAAAGUUUUUUGAUAUUUAUGUUUUCGUCCUUUAUUUCUCGUCUUAAAUGUCCUGCUGAGCGUUUGCACUUGUUUUAAGUUGACGUGAGGGAAAAGCAGCUCUGUCCAGUUUGCACUAUACUAUCAGUGUUACUGCCUAAAUCCAGUGAGCGAGGACGUUUCACAGUUACAUCCUGGCAUCCCGACACGACUGGGAUCUUUGGACCGCAUUGAGACCAACCUGAAGCAUGAAGACCAGGAUGAGUUAAAGCGAUCCACUUCUAACAAUGUCUCGAAAACAAAAACAUCACAAAGUAGCCCAGCACGCAUUACGUCACUUUGUCACCUCGAUCAAACAAACUGUUCCGAGGCUCCGCUCCGCCUGGUUGAAGCUCUUUAUCACAUGUUAAGAGACUAUUACCUGCUUAAUAUUCAUAUAAUGUCCAAAUAUCUCACUGCUCUCUUGUAUAAUGUACUUAUGGCUUAUUUUGUUAAAUUGUGUUACGACAUCUAAUGUGAACAUGUAUUGCUUUUUACACGGAUUUAUAUUGUUAUAUUGUUUUGUAAUAUAUAUAUAUAUAUAUAUAUAUAUAUAUAUAUAUAUAUAUUAUAUCCUUAAUAUCCAACCAAUGUUUUUUUUGUGCUUUUGCCUAUUUGUCCACUGGCCUCGGUGUAGAUUCAUGUUUUUUGAGAUGAAUAAUCUACAAAUCUUAAUUUUGACCAUCAUUUAUUCGCAGCUUCUCUAACCACAACUGUCAAAGCUCAACUGUUAUCACUUGUAAUGGGUAUCCGUAUUGACACAGUACAAUGUCUACAAAAAGUAUUCACCCCACGUAAACUUCCAUGUUUUAUUGUUUUAAGACAUUAAAUCACAGUGGAUGUCGAUCAAUAGAAGAAACUACUUUAAUGUUAAAGUGAAAACGAAUGUCUACAAAUCGAUCUUAAUACAAAUAAAAAACAACUUUUCACCUUCUGGCAACAUUUACGGCGAGUAUGUGGAUAGCUUAGCACAGCCGGACACGUUUGCAGUUUAUCACGUUGCCCCCUCAAACUUAGUUUAAUGAGGAAAUAGCAAAAUUUAAAUUCCUGCCACUAAUUCUGGACUGCAUUGAGCUUCUGACUCGGCCACUGUGGGACUAUAGCAUUGUUCUUUUUAAAGACAUUCCUGUGAAGCUUUUACUUGGGGGUCAUUUGUUUAAUUUAAAAUAAAAUCUUGCAGUUCUCUCACAUAGAGAGGAUCCUCCAGGAUUUCUUAAUAUUUUACUGCGUUUAUUCUGCUCUCUACCUUCUUGAUCCUUGAAGUGGGCUCUUGCAGAGAAGUAUCCUCAGCAGGCCUCGUGAUGAGGAUGGUAUGUCCCUGCAGAUGUGCCGUGUUUGGCUUACAAGAGAGCUCACUAAUGCUCUUGCCCUUCUUUUCAACACACUUGAUUUUGAAGAUUUUUAGAGCUGUACCAUACUCUUUCAAUUUUUAUAAUCAUAUGUGGGAUCUCCAGUGCCUUGGAAAUGUUCUUAUGUCCUUCCCCUGAUUGGUACUUUUCAGUAAACACGCAGAUUAGUUUGGAGUAUUUGUUUUGUUUUUGUCUUGCAGUUUGUGCCAGGAAAUGUACUAAAUAGCGAUGGGAUCCAGGUAGACUUAUAAAUAACUUAUCACAGCUUAAUUACACACAGCAGAGCUCCAUUCAGCUUGUAAAAAAAAAAGCAGUCAAAAUGAAGGGAUGAAUAUGUGUGUAAUCGGAUUUAAUGUUUGUUUUCUUUAUUUUAUGUCUACUUAGUUACAGCUGUGAAUCAAUUAAGUAUUUUUCUUUUGAUCAGUGUAAAAAAAAAAAAAAAAAAAAUGAUAUCCACUGUGAUACAAAGUUGUAAAUAAAUAAAACAUGAAAAGAUCCAAAGGAG